UUUUCCUUUUUUCUUUUUUUCCCACUGCAGCUGGCCAGUAAAGACUCUCGACCAGCUCUCAACGCUUUGAUCAAGGGACCGAGAGGCAUAGCUCUAUACAAUAACCAGAAUUCCAUAAUGGGAACAUUCAACCAUAAAGCAGAAGUGGCAGGUGCCUACCAAUUCUGCAUCGCAAACAACCAUCAGAAGUAUUACGUCAAGUACGUCAAAAUGUACCUCUCUAUCACCGACAACGAGAGACUGGAGAAGUACUACCAUCUAGAGGAGGAUCUCCAAAAAACCUACGGAAAUUUGUCGCAAACUAUGCAGAAGCUGACGUCGUCGGUCCGUGUGAUGCGCCGCUUCCAGCAAUGGAGUGGCAUCCGAGAGACCAGGGACAGAGAGCUGCUCGAAGCCAACCAGGGUUACGUAACAACCUGGUCCUGCCUGCAGUGCCUGGUGGUCGUGGGCGCCGCCAUGGUACAGGUCUAUUUCCUCAGGAGUUUCUUCAAUACGGCCAAACUGACGCCGAAUCAGAAGCCGAGGUGCUAACGAAGGUGGGAAACUAGAAUAAACGCGAUCGCAAAGACUUUCGAGAAAUCACCUCAAGGGUAGUUUCAAUACCCUGUUGUAUUGCCUAAAGAAAUCAUGCUUGGAUUACGUAUUACGUCAUUGGCAUUGGACUUCGCACAUUCCAAUAGGGGACACACACUGCCGUAUGUUGAUUUCUUUAAAGUAUUUACUAUCGUAUAAAUGGAUCGAAGAAGCAGCUAAUCACAGUCGCGUAUCCAUCAUAGAAUUAAACUGGCGUAGUCACCCUUCUUUUUGUUAAAGGUCCCGCAUUACAGUGACCUGGGAACAUUGUUGAAGUUUGAUGAAAAAAACGCGUAAUUUUUGUAUGAAAUGUUACUUAUUAUAAUCCUUCUACUGUCCUAACCCUCUAACAUGCAAAACAUCCUUUUAAACAUGGCUCAAACCAUAAAGAUAUUAAUGGUUUUCUUUGAAGGCGUCACUGUCCGACACCCUCUAACAGUAAAUUC